AUGGCCGAGAGUUAUAAAGUGGAAACAAUCCCGCCAUACACGGAGUUGGGUGAAGGUCCUCAUUGGGACAUUGCGAGUCAGAGUCUGUACUACGUGAGCCUUUCCAAUGGGUUGAUCUAUCGACUGGACUACAAAGAGAACAAGGUGUACUGUGCUUCGAUCGAUGGCACCAAGCAGGCCUCGUUCAUCAUCCCGGUGAAGGGCCAGCGGGAGUGUUUCGUCAUAGGCGACGGCGGUCGGCUGUUGAUGAUCCGCUGGGAUGGGCUUUCGAAGAAGGCGAGUAUCGUGAAGGAGUUGGCCAACACCGGUCCCAAGGAUACGCAAAACCGGUUCAACGAUGGUAAGGCGGAUCCAUGGGGUCGACUGUACGCCGGUACUAUGAUGCAUGAAAGUUUCGGGAGUCCGUUUGAGAACGCGACUGGCUCGCUGUAUAGGUUCUGUCCGAGCUCUGGCAAGCUGGUGGAGCAGGAUCGGAACAUUUACAUCUCGAACGGACUUGCCUGGAACCGGCAGACGAACAAGUUCUACUACGUCGACUCGGGCGCGAACAACAUCAAAGAGUAUGACAUUGAUCUGGACGGAAAUCUUGUCAACGGGACGAUUUGGUAUGACCUUAAAGAGCCUCAAAAACCGGGUAACGUUCCGGCCGGCUUCGGUGAUGGUAUGACGAUCGACACCGAGGGCAACCUUUUCGUCGCCAUAUUCAAUGGCUACAAGGUGCUGAAAAUAUCACCUCAGAAAAAAGUACUGCAGGAGAUCAAGAUUCCGGCCCAGCAGGUAACAUCGGUUGCUUUCGGUGGUCCAAAGCUGGACGAGCUGUUUGUCACAACGGCUUCGUUGACGUUCACCACUCCGCAAAAGGAUCCGGCAGGCGCGACGUUCAAAGUAACCGGACUGGGAGCGAAAGGAUACCCGAUGGAUGAAAUCGACUUGUCCAAAGUGAAGACGCCAUGAAGUUACUCAUUUCGUCUUAAUUGUUUUUUUAAAGCUUUUCAAUGUUUUAACAAUUUGUUUUUCUUCAUUUUGCAAGUUAGACGAGUUAGAAUUUCUAUUGAUUUGAUCAUCGAUUCAUUCAUAUCCUUCUUGGUUAGUGAAAAACUAAAAAAAAUCGUGCCUUCUGCAUUACUUUUCGUGAUUUUAUAUCUUUAAGCGCAAUAAGCAUAUUUAUCUUUUUGUGCAUCUUUUAUGUGUUUAUAAACCAACCAAAAAGGCCGUAAUCUACACAGUUGAAUACAUACAUUGGCUAGGGUUAACACUGGUUUCAAUCCUAUUCAACGUUUUUAAAUUAUUUGAUUGCUUUAUUGUUUUCGAACACAUCCUUCUCGGCGUCCAAGUCAACACGGUUGUACGAAUGGUUGAGUGUCUUUGCUCGCACAGCAACCGUCUUGAAGAUUAGUAAUUAUUUUAAUUAAUUUCUCUGCGCUGUCUCACAGAGAAUUCCACGAACACCGAGGCGAAAGCGCACUCACGAAUUAGCCAUACUCGCUUCGCAAACAAGACAGAUUUCCGCUGUUUGAUCUGAUCCUUCACCGGGCUCAUAGAUACAACUUUUGCAAACACGCGCACCA